CUGCUUGGGAGUGUGAGCAGAAGGAGCCGCUGGUGUCCGCUCCGCUGAUGGUGAAUCGCUGCUCCUGCGGUAUCGGGAGGAGGUUUACAGCCCGCAGUGGAAGCGCAGCGGUACUUGUGGAUUGAACGUAAUUUUUUUCUCGUCGAGUCGUUUCCACGGAGGAGCUGCUGAAGGAGGAGGGAAGGCAGGAAGGGAAGAUAGCAGGAAGAUGGCGGCGGCCUCGCCGGACUGGGUCGUGCUGAGGGACGGAUGCCUGCGCUGCGACGAGGAGGGCCUACGGAGCCUGUCCUACCACCCGGCCCUCAACGCCAUACUGGCCGUCACCAGCCGUGGUAGCAUCAAAGUCAUCGACGGCACCUCCGGGGCUAUUUUACAGGCCUCGCCUUUGCACGCUAAACCUGGGGGCCGGGUGAGGUGUCAGUACUUUCCUGCCAUGGAUAAGGUGCUGUUUGUGGAUGAUUACGCUGUUGGCUGCAGGAAGGACUUGAAUGGGAUCCUUCUUUUGGACACGGCCCUCCAGGCCCCUGUGUCGAAGCCAGAAGAUAUUGUGCAGCUGGAGCUGCCUGUUACCGAGGCCCAGCAGAUGUUGUACGCCUGUCUAGAGAAGGUGGAUGUUUCCAACACAGAGGGUUACGAUCUCUUUCUCACUCAGCUCAAAGAAGGCCUGGAGAAUACCUCACAUGAGACGGCAGCCAAUCACAAAGUGGCAAAGUGGGCAACUGUGACCUUGCACCUCCCUCAUCAUGUGCUGAAAGUGGUAAUGAAUGCCAUCGUGAACGAGCUGAAGAAGUUGAAUCAGAAUGUGGCGGCCCUCUCUGUUGCCUCUUCGGUCAUGGACAGACUCUCCUACCUCUUACCAAGCGGCAGGCCAGAGCUGGGGGUUGGACCCGGACGCUCUGUUGACAGGUCUUUGAUGUAUAGUGAAGCUAACAGGAGAGAGACGUUCACGUCCUGGCCCCAUACUGGCUACAGGUGGGCUCAGCCUGAUCCCAUGGCACAGGCGGGCUUUUAUCACCAGCCUGCAUCCACAGGUGAUGACCGGGCCAUGUGCUUCACCUGCAGUGUGUGUUUGGUGUGCUGGGAACCUACAGAUGAGCCUUGGUCUGAGCACGAGCGUCAUUCGCCGAACUGUCCGUUUGUGAAAGGAGAGCACACCCAAAACGUUCCACUAUCUGUCACCUUGGCCACCAGUCCUGCCCAGUUUCCCAGUGCAGAUGGUUCGGAUAAGAUUGUGUGCUAUGGGUUUGGUAGCUGCCCACAUUUCCUCGCUACGGCAACCAAGCGGGGGAAGAUUUGCAUCUGGGAUGUUUCCAAGCUCAUGAAGGUGCAUUUAAAGUUUGAGGUGAACCCAUAUGACCCAGCCAUCCUGAGGCAACUGAUUCUGUCUGGCAGUGAACAGCAGACCCUCACAGGCACAGAAUUGUGCAAACCCACACUCUCCUGGCUAGAGGAGGCCACCUGCUGCUCUGACCUGCCCAAACUAGAGGGGGACAGUGAUGACCAGAUAGAGGACUCGGACAGUGAAGAGCAUUCCAGAUCAGAGUUGAUCACUGGCCCACUGGGUCAGAAGGAGACAAUGGAGGUGAGUCUAGGAGUUACUGCCCUCAGCGUGCUUCAGCAGCCUGAGAAGUUACAGUGGGAGGUGGUGGCCAGUGUGUUGGAGGACACAGUUAAAGACUUGGAGGAGUUGGGGUCCAACACUCCGCAUUCACUGGGCCCCCCUAAAGCCGACAAGGCCAAAGAUAGGCCUGCCGAGCACCACAACAUUCCCUUCCCCUGCCUGCUGGCCGGAGGACUGCUAAGCUACCGGUCAGCAGCAGGUUCUCGACUAGGCCCCCCUCUGUCUCGUCGUUCCAUGGAUAGCCCUAUAAGGACUGCUGCCCCUGAGGGGCUUACACCAGACCAAGGUCCCAUGGAGAUUGAGUCCUGUAAUCCCCCCAAAGACCUGGGCUCCCCCAAUCCAUCACCAGCCACACAUAUUCAUAGGACUAUGCCUGUACUGCUCCUGUACAGCAUCAAAGAAGCAGACGAGAAGUCUUCAGGGAAGGUUUUUACCCAGAUGAACAAUCUCAUGAGCAAAGGGCUUCACGAGGAGGGUUUCACUGUCCCACAGAUUAUUGAAAUGGAGUUUGAUUCUCACGAACAGCUGCUGCUACAGGACCCUCCCAUCACGUACAUUCAGCAGUUUGCUGAUGCAGCGGCUGGGCUUGGACCUCUGGAUGGGGAGAAAUGGAGCUCACUGGCUCCACGGCCGGGCUCUUUAGUGCAGUGUUUGCGGUUGCCUAAAGCCUUGGAGGAAGAGAACCUUUAUGUGGACUCCAUCAUGCCCUGCAGCGAUGGCUUGCACUUGUUAGUUGGCUUUCAACCGUGCUCUGUAGAGUCCCUUAGUGCUAUCAAUCAGGUGGAGGUGUUAAAUACCCUGAACCGUCUGCACUCGGCCCUCUGCGGCCAUCGAAAGGGACAGACACUGGCCAAUGGCCAUGAUGCCCACUCUGGUGCCUCACCUCCCCAGACCCCUCUCAUCCUACCCCCACAUGAACAGCAGAAACCCCAUACUUCCAGGCCUCUAGGAGGCAGCGGUGGUGGUGGUUACCUUGCGCUCUACAAGUUGAACUUCUCUACUCGCAUCGUGACCCUGGAGGAGGAACCGGUGAAGGUGCAGCAGAUCCGUGACCCACGGGAUGCAGUUACAUCACUUCUCCUCUUACCACCAGAUGUGCUGGAUGGCAGAGAGGACGACGGAGAGGAAACGUCUGAGGAGUCCACGCCUUCAGGGCUAAAAAAUGGUGCAGGGACUGCAAUAUCCAUGGCGAUGGCUGGCCCAAGCAUGGGAUCAGUCACUGGGAAGGAGAAGAGAGGAGAGGUGGCCGGACUCGGGCACCUGGUGGUGACCACACAGGCGGGUUACAUCAUGAUUCUGGACUUGUCCACCCUAGAGGUUUUGGCCAAGGUGGAGCCACCCAAGAAAGAGGGGACAGAGGAGGUGGACCCUUUCGUCUCCGUUACCUACUGCUCAGGCACUGACCGGCUAUGUGCCUGCACAAAAGGUGGAGAGCUUCAUUUCCUUCAAAUUGGAGGUGUGUGUGAUGAUAUUGAUGAUGCCGACAUUUUUGUCGACGGCCCACUGUCUAAUAGGGCGGAGCAACUACUGGACGGAGCAAAACCCACAUCUAAUCCUUCAAGCCCAGGUAUCACAGGAGUUGACCUCCUAGUGGACCAGCCAUUGACUGUAGAGAUUCUUUCUUCUCUGGUGGAACUAACACGAUUUGAAACACUGACUCCACGCUUCUCGGCCACUGUGCCCCCUUGCUGGGUGGAAGUGCAACAGGAGCAGCAGCAAAGACGUCAUCCACAACACCUCCACCAGCAGCAUCAUGGCGACGCAGCGCAACAUACACGCACAUGGAAGCUACAGAGUGACAGCUCCAGUUGGGACGAACAUGUGUUCGAGCUGGUCCUGCCCAAAGCCUGCAUGGUGGGACAUGUGGACUUCAAGUUUGUGUUGAACAGCAGUAUUGCAAACAUCCCUCAGAUCCAGAUCACACUGCUUAAGAACAAAGCACCAGGCCUGGGCAAAGUCAACGAGACGGCAGUGGACAGACAGAUUGUCUUCCCCUUGUCUUAUGUUCUGCACUCAAAUGAAGAGAAGAACGGACAGCAACAACUACACGACUUCUCAGAAGACAUCCAAUUCAUGGACAUUGAGGAGUCACCAGGCUCCAGGCUGUGUCCAUUCCUGCAGGAGCACAAGGAUGAUAUCUUGUGUGGGCCAGUGUGGUUGUCCAGUGGACUGGAUCUCUCUGGACAUGCAGGGAUGCUGAGCCUUUCUAGUCCCAAACUCCUCAAGGGCAUGGCAGGAGGCAAGUAUCGUUCAUUUCUGGUGCACAUUAAAGCAGUGAGUGAUAAGGGUCUGGAUGAGAGCUUGAGGCCAGUGGUGCGAAUGCCCUCUGCCAAACCUCACUGCAGUAAAGCUCACUCACUGUCCUCCCUGCUGCAGAGGGCUCAGGCCACUAAGGAAAAGGCCUCCACGUCUAAAGCAGAUCCUCAAACUGCCCCUAAAAAGCCAGAUAACUUGAGAGGCUGUGACUUGCUCCAGGAAGUGUCCGUCACAAUCAGGAGGUUUAAGAAAACAUCUGUUCCCAAAGAACGAGUGCAACGUUGUGCGAUGCUUCAGUUUCCUGAGCUCCAUGAGAAGCUGCUAAGAGGUUUGUGUAAGCGUGGAGAAGACGGGCAGAGCUCAGAGCACUGCCAGAGUCUCAUCCUGGACAUCCUCUGUUGGCUGGCAGGGGUCUACUCAAACGGACCCUGCAGUUUGAGAGAGGGGAAGGAAGGGCUUCUGACCAAAACCAGGAGACGGCUGACUGACAUCAUUAGGGUGUGUUUUUUCGAGGCUGGGCGCAGUAUAGCUCAUAAAUGCUCUCGCUUUCUUGCACUUUGUAUUAGUAAUGGUAAAGGAGACCCUGGUCAGCAGAGUUUUGGCCAGGCUCUGUUUAAAGCUCUUCUGGAUAAUAUGCCUUAUUUGCCUGCUGCAGCCACAGGAGGAUCUGUCUUCUGGUACUUUGUGCUUUUAAAUUACGUGAAAGAUGAGGACCUGGCUGGCUGCAGUACUGCUUGCGCCUCUCUGCUCACUGCUGUCUCUCGGCAGCUGCAGGACCGCUUGACUCCACUGGAGGCGCUGUUGCAGACCAGAUACGGUCUGUAUGGGUCUCCAUUUGACCCAGUGCUGUUUGACCUGGAGGUGAGCGGGUCUUCUUGUAAGAAUGCUUUUAGUAGUAGUUUUGGAGUCCAGUCGGAUGAGAUCGACCUGUCCGAUAUUCUCUCAGGUAAUGGGAAGGUGAACAGCAGCGGGGCAGCAGAGGGCAGUUUCACAGCUCUGACUGGCCUGCUGGAGGUCGAACCCCUGCACUUUACUUGCAUCUCCACUAGUGACGGUACCAGAGUGGAGAGGGAUGAUGCAAGUAUGUUUACUGUGAGCACGUUUGGUGUGACGCCAACUGUGACAGGGCUCUCUGCUGGGACCGUUGGUGAGGCGUCUACGGCCCUGAGCUCCGCUGCGCAGGUGGCCCUGCAGUCAUUAUCUCACGCCAUGGUGUCUGCAGAGCAGCAGCUGCAAGUUCUUCAGGAGAAACAACAGCAGCUUUUGAAACUACAGCAGCAGAAAGCCAAGUUGGAGGCCAAACUCCACCAGACCUCAGCAGCGGCAACCGCAGCAUCUGGGGUUGUCAACUCGGUGCCGUCCAACCCAUCCUCUGCCCCAGGCUUCUUUAUUCACCCAUCUGAUGUCAUCCCUCCCACCCCUAAAACCACCCCACUGUUCAUGACGCCUCCUCUCACCCCGCCGAACGAGGCUGUGUCGGCAGCCAUAAGUGUGGAACUGGCUCAGCUCUUCCCAGGAUCUGUCAUUGAUCCUCAACCUGUGAAUCUUUCAGCACAAAAUAAAAACACACAGAAAGCCAAACCGAACCACAUAGGAAGUGGACUAGCAUUGGCAAUCUCACAGGCCUCUCACUUCCUACAGCCUCCACCAAACCAGUCUAUAAUAAUUGAACGGAUGCACUCAGGUGCAAGGCGGUUUGUGACGCUAGAUUUCGGCCGGCCAGUAUUGCUGACUGAUGUGCUGAUUCCCACGUGCGCUGACUUGGCCUCCCUUUCCAUUGACAUCUGGACUCUUGGGGAGGAAGUGGAUGGGAGGAGACUUGUGGUCGCCUCAGAUAUCAGCACACACUCUCUGAUUCUACACGACCUGCUGCCCCCUCCUGUCUGCAGAUUCAUGAAGAUCACUGUGAUUGGACGAUACGGCAGCACUAAUGCCCGUGCUAAAAUCCCAUUGGGAUUCUAUUAUGGCCACACCUACAUUCUGCCAUGGGAGAGUGAGCUAAAACUGAUGCAUGACCCUCUGCGGGGCGAAUGCGAAGCCGCCAGUCAGCCAGACCUUGAUCAGCAUCUGUCUAUGAUGGUGGCCCUUCAGGAAGACAUUCAGUGCAGGUAUAAUCUAGCCUGUCAUCGGCUGGAGACACUGCUUCAGAACAUCGACCUGCCACCUCUUAACAGCGCUAAUAAUGCACAGUACUUCCUGCGUAAGCCUGAUAAAGCCGUAGAAGAGGAUUCCCGCGUUUUCUCCGCCUACCAGGACUGCAUUCAGCUGCAGCUGCAGCUCAACCUGGCCCAUCAUGCCGUACAGAGGUUGCGUGUGUCUCUGAGGGCCACUCGCAAACACCUGCCUGAGAAUUAUGAGCCCAGAGAGCUUGUCCAGAAUUCUUCGACAGAACAGCUCAGAACCAUUAUCAGAUACUUGCUGGACACACUGCUCAGCCUGCUACACUGUUGUAACGGUCACUCCGUGCCCUCAGUGUUGCAGAACACAUUUCAUGCCCAGGCGUGUGAGGAGCUCUUCAAGCAGCUGUGCAUCAGUGGAACUCCUAAAAUUCGUCUGCACGCGGGUCUGCUGCUGGUGCAGCUCUGUGGUGGGGAGAGGUGGUGGGGCCAGUUCCUCUCCAACGUCCUGCAGGAGCUCUACAACUCUGAGCAGCUGCUCAUCUUCCCUCAGGACAGGGUGUUCAUGCUGCUGUCUUGUAUUGGCCAAAGGUCUUUGAGUAACAGUGGAGUUCUGGAGGGUUUGUUAAACCUGCUGGACAGUCUGUUAUCCCCUCUGCUACAGACCUCUGCAGCACAGCCCCGUAGGACAGAAGGUGUGUUGGAUAUCCCCAUGAUCAGCUGGGUGGUCAUGCUGGUUUCCAGACUUCUCGACUAUGUGGCCAGUGUUGAAGAUGAAGCCACUGCAGCCAAGAAACCUCUGGGUGGAAAAGACAGGGAGAGAACCUUCACAGGGAACCAGUGGAGCUUCAUAAAUAACAGUCUGCAAUCUCAGAACCCAAGCAGAUCAGCCAAAGGCAGCAACAGCAGUUUAGAUCGUCUGUACUCACGCAAGAUCCGUAAACAGCUAGUCCACCACAAACAGCAGUUAAAUUUACUGAAAGCCAAACAGAAAGCUUUAGUGGAGCAAAUCGAGAAGGAGAAGAUCCAGAGCAAUAAAGGUUCCUCCUACAAGCUUCUGGUGGAACAGGCCAAACUCAAGCAAGCCACAUCCAAGCACUUUAAGGAUCUGAUCCGUUUGAGGCGAACAGCAGAAUGGCCACGCUCCACCUUGGACUCAGAGGCGUCGGUGUCAAAAGAGGCCCCUGAGGUCGAGCUCCUGCCUUUCACUUUAUCUCACGAGCGCUGCAUUUGCGUCGUCCAGAAGCUCGCUCUCUUCCUUCUCUCCAUGGACUUUACCUGUCAUGCAGACUUACUUCUCUUUGUCUGCAAGGUAUUGGCCAGGAUAGCAAAUGCCACACGGCCCACAAUCCAUCUGUGUGAGGUUGUUUCAGAACAGCAGCUGGAGAGAUUGCUGCUUUUACUAGUGGGGACGGACUUCAACCGUGGAGACAUUUCCUGGGGUGGAGCCUGGGCCCAGUAUUCUCUCACCUGCAUGCUGCAGGACAUCCUCGCAGGAGAGCUCUUGUCUCCAGUGUGUAUGGAUGGGAUGGAGGGGGCUGGGGCUGAUGAGGCAGGGGCCUCCUCUUCCUCUGUGGGGGUGGAUUGUGAUGACUCACUUCCUCAACCGACCCCCAUUCCCCUGGUGGAGACAAUCGAUGAGCCCCUAGGACCUGAUAUCAUCGCAGGUACACCCGGGACGCCCUCUGUGUUCCAAAGUGCUCCACCACUGUCAUCUUUGGAAAAAGAUAAAGACAUAGACUUUGACUUGCUACAGGACUUGAUGGAUGUUGAUAUUGAUCCUUUAGAUAUUGAUUUGGAAAAAGAUCCACUCGCCGCCAAGGUUUUUAAGCCAAUCAGCAGUACCUGGUAUGAUUACUGGGGUGCUGAUUAUGGAUCGUACAGUUAUAACCCCUACACAGGGGGUGUGGGCAUACCUGUGUCCAAACCACCUGCAGCUGCUGUGGCAGAGAAGCCUGGAUCUCAGAGCAUCUCAGUGUCUGUGUCUCAAGCUCUGGAUGCUCGGCUGGAGGUGGGAUUAGAACAGCAGGCUGAACUCAUGCUGAAGAUGAUGGCAACACUGGAGGCAGAUGCCAUACUACAGGCAUUAACAUCUACUUCCCCUUCAGUGGCCCAGUCUGCAAAUGGGACAGACGACUCUCUCUUGCGUGGAGGGUUCCACAACUCUCCCCCAGGCAGCAGUCUGAUGGUACAGCCCUCUUCCAUCCCCAUGUUGAGCACUUGCUUCAACAAACUCUUCUCUUUGCUGCAAGUUCACCACGUACAGUUGGAGUCAUUGCUGCAGUUAUGGUUGACUCUGAGUUUGAGUUCAUGCUCUGGAGGGUCAGACGAGACUGGCUCAGACAUUUUCCUCUUUAAUACCAGCCGAGUACCCACAAUCCCCCUUAACCAAGCCUCCAUCAGUAGCUUCCUGUCAGUGCUAGCCUGGUACCCUAACACCUCUCUGAGAACAUGGUGUCUCGUCCUGCACAGUCUCACCCUCAUGACCAACAUGCCUGCCAGUGUAGCCUCCAGCAGUGGGAUUGGUGUACAGGAGAGCACAGCCCAGCAGAUGGUGUCUGACCCCACUCUCGUGCACGUGCUUGUGCGCUUCCUGUCUGGAGGAAACCCUCACGGCACCAGCCAGCACAGCUCACAGGUUGGUCCCACUGCAACACAAGCCUUGCAGGAGUUUUUAACCAGGUUGCAGGUGCAUCUGUCCUCCACAUGUCCACAGAUGUUCAGCGAAUUUCUGCUCAAGCUGUUGCACAUCCUAUCCACAGAGAGGGGUCCAUUCCAGUCUGGUCAAGGUCCACUAGAUGCCCAGGUGAAGCUUUUAGAAUUCACCCUAGAGCAAAACUUUGAGGUGGUUUCUGUGACCACCAUCUUGGCCGUCAUCGAGUCCAUCACCUUCCUGGUUCACCACUAUAUCACAUGUUCAGAAAAGGUGGUCUCACGUAGUGGUUCGGACAGUUCUGUGGGCGCCCGCGCAUGUUUUGGAGGUCUCUUUGCCAACAUCAUCCGUCCUGGGGAUGCCAAGGCCGUAUGCGGAGAGACCACACGUGACCAGCUGAUGUUUGACCUACUGAAGCUGGUCAAUGCCCUGGUGAUGCUGCCCCUUUCAGGCGAUCGGGAGUACAGUGGAAGGCUUCCCUCAGCGGGCGGUGCCUCUGAUAGCGUCUCAGAUGAAGAAAAGGUGUGCGGAAGCAAAGAGGGCGGGGCAGCGGGUGCGGCUCAGCACCAAGGGCCAGCAGCGGGUGUGGCAGACCUGGUUUUGGCCAAUCAGCAGAUCAUGAGUCAGAUCUUGUCUGCUCUAGGGCAAUGCAACAGCAGUGCCAUGGCCAUGAUCAUUGGUGCUAGUGGGCUCCAUCUAACCAAACAUGAGAACUUCCAUGGGGGGUUGGAUGCCAUCUCUGUGGGUGAUGGCCUCUUUACUAUCCUGACCACUCUGAGUAAAAAAGCCACGUCAGUCCAGGUCAUGCUGCAGCCCAUCCUCACCUACAUGGCCUGUGGGUACAUGGGUCGGCAGGGUUCACUGUCCACUUGCCAGCUCUCUGAGCCUUUACUGUGGUUUAUCCUGAGAGUGCUUGACACCAGCGAGGCCUUGAAAGCCUUCCAUGACAUGGGUGGCGUGCAGCUUAUCUGUAAUAACAUGGUCACCAGCACCCGAGCCAUCGUGAACACCGCCCGCAGCAUGGUCUCCACCAUCAUGAAGUUUCUGGAUUCUGGACCAGGCAAAGCAGCAGAUGGCAGCCUGAAAGCACGAGUGCUCACCUCAGAACCAGACAAUGCAGAAGGACUCCACAACUUUGCCCCUCUUGGCACCAUCACCUCAAGCAGUCCCACAGCACAGCCAGCUGAAGUGCUUCUGCAGGCCACUCCCCCACAUCGACGGGCACGUUCUGCGGCUUGGUCCUACAUCUUCCUACCUGAAGAGGCCUGGUGUGACCUUACAAUCCACCUGCCCGCAGCCGUUCUGCUCAAAGAGAUUCACAUACAGCCACACCUGGCAUCACUCGCCACAUGUCCAUCCUCAGUGUCUGUGGAGAUCAGUGCAGAUGGUGUGAACAUGCUCCCCUUGUCGACCCCAGUCAUCACCAGCGGUCUCACCUACAUUAAGUUCCAGUUGGUAAAGGCAGAGGUGGCAUCUGCUGUGUGUUUGAGGCUGCACCGGCCACGGGACGCCAGCACGCUGGGCCUCUCACAGAUUAAACUACUGGGCCUGACUGCUUUUGGAAACACUUCCUCUGCCACUGUAAACAACCCCUUCUUGCCUUCUGAGGACCAGGUGUCCAAAACCAGUAUCGGUUGGUUACGGUUGCUGCAUCAUUGCCUGACUCAUGUUUCUGAUUUGGAGGCCAUGAUGGCCAGUGCUGCUGCUCCCACUGCCAACCUCCUGCAGACCUGUGCAGCCCUCCUCAUGUCUCCUUACUGUGGCAUGCACUCGCCCAACAUAGAGGCAGUGCUGGUGAAGAUCGGCCUGCAGUCCACACGCAUAGGCCUCAAACUCAUUGACAUCCUACUGCGCAACUGUGCUGCAUCUGGCACUGACCUGGCCAAUUUGAACAGCCCACUGCUAUUUGGGAGGUUAAAUGGCCUGUCGUCAGACUCCACCAUAGACAUACUCUUCCAGCUGGGCACCACUCAGGACUCUGGCACCAAAGAAAGAAUCCAAGCUCUGCUGCAGUGGGUGUACGACUCCUCCCGUGUGGCUGCCGUGAAGCAGAGUUCUCCAUCUGGCUACUGUGGUCCAAGCGCCCCACCCGCACGGGAGUAUGGUCUACUCAUGCCAUCCCCGUCGCACCUGCACUGCGCGGCCUCCAUCUUAUGGCACAGUUAUGAGCUGCCUGUGGACUACGACUUGCCCGGAUUGCUCAACAGAGAGCUUUUUGAGUUGUUGUAUAACUGGUCCAUGUCUUUGCCUUCGAACUUGGUUUUAAAGAAGGCAGUGGACAGCUUGCUUUGUUCCAUGUGCCACAUCCAUCCCAGUUACUUUUCUCUGCUCAUGUCCUGGAUGGGCAUUAUGGCACCGCCUGCUGCCCAGACAAACGCACAACGGCGUAUGGCGAUGACAGACGACGGCAAGAAGCAACACGACUUAAACAGCGCUGCCGCCUCUCUCACAGACGACUCCAAACACGCCCGCACACCCAUAAUGGUGCCCAUCUCCCUCUCAGAGUGCCAGCUGGUGACCCUGGCGGCUGCAUCCCAGUCACCUGGUGCCAUUCAGCAGCUUUUGGACUCCGGUUUGCCUUCCCUGUUGGUUCGCAGCUUAGCUGACCUUUGCUGCAACCUGCUGGUGAGCGCUGACCUUCCUUUACCUGUAGGAUUCUCAGCACAGGGUGAGAGAUGCCCGCAUAUGCACAACCAACCCUCAUCGUCAUCCUCCGCAAACAGGCCACCACUGUCUGCUGAGCUGGCAGCACCUGUACUGCGGUUUAUGACGGAGGUAGGAAAUAGUCACACCAUGAAGGACUGGCUGGGUGGGCCAGAGGUGAAUCCACUGUGGACGGCACUGCUGUUCCUGCUCUGUCACUCUAGUGCGAGUGGGGUGGCUAAUGCCAGUGCAAACACCAGCAGCAGCAGUUCUGGGCAUGGGGCAUCACCCAGCACCUCAAACGCCAGUGCCCCACAUCAAGCCUCAGGGGUGUCAUACUCGUUGGCAUCAACGAGUCGAAGCAGUGGACUCACCACACAGCAGAGAACAGCAAUUGAGAACGCCACAGUGGCUUUCUUCCUCCAAUGUAUCUCUUGCCAUCCAAACAACCAGAGGCUCAUGGCACAGGUUCUCUGUGAGCUGUUCCAGUCAGCUCCCCAGCGAGGGAAAGUUACCGUCUCAGGAAACAUCUCUGGAUUUAUACGUCGACUCUUCCUACAACUCAUGCUCGAGGACGAGAAGAUUACUGUCUUCCUCCAAUCUCCCUGCCCGUUGUAUAAAGGGCGGAUUAAUGCCACCAGUCACGUGAUCCAGCACCCCAUAUACGGAGCAGGCCACAAGUUCCGAAAACUACAUCUGCCCAUCUCAACCACACUGUCUGAAGUAUUGGAUCGUGUCUCAGACACACCCAGCAUCACAGCCAAGCUGAUCAAUGAACAAAAGGAGGAUAAAGAGAAGAAGAAUCAUGAGGAAAAAGAGAAGAUGAAGGCUGAUAAUGGUUUCCAGGACAACUACAGUGUUGUUGUUGCCUCAGGUCUAAAGUCUCAGUCAAAGAGAGCCUUGUCCACUCCUCCACGUCCUCCAUCUCGACGAGGGCGUGUCCUCAGUGACAAGCUGGCAGCUUCCUCAGGAGUCGAUCCAUCUGCCAAAACCAUCAGCGUGCCUGUCUUCCACCUCUGUCACAAACUACUGCCGGGUCAGCCAUUGUCACCAGAGAUGACCUUGGCCCAGCUGUUAACGCUGCUGUAUGAUCGCAAACUUCCUCAGGGAUACCGCUCCAUUGACCUGACGGUCAAACUGGGGUCAAAGGUCAUCUCAGACCCUGGUCUCUCCAAGACCGAUUCCUUCAAAAGGCUCCGUACAGAGAAAGAUCACUGUGAGAUGCUGAGCGGAUGUCCAGAUGAUGAGCCGAUGACUCCAGGCGAGGAGGGUUUGGAUGCUGCAGUAGAUGACAGCCUCCUGGAGACCAGCCCGAUUCAGUCACCCCUACAGGUGUUUGCAGGUAUGGGCGGCCUGGCGCUCAUUGCAGAGAGACUCCCCAUGCUGUACCCUGAUGUCAUCCAGCAGGUCAGCGCCCCUGUGGUGCCAUCCACCACCCAGGAGAAGCCCAAGGACAGCGAUCAGUUUGAAUGGGUCACCAUCGAGCAGUCCGGGGAGCUGGUGUAUGAGGUGCCCGAGACCAUCGCUGCUGAGCCCCCACCCAUCAAAUCCUCUGUACAGACCAUGUCGCCUAUCCCCGCCCAUUCGCUGGCGGCAUUCGGCCUGUUCCUGCGGUUGCCGGGAUAUGCAGAGGUUCUGCUGAAGGAGAGGAAACAUGCACAGUGUCUGCUCAGACUGGUGCUGGGCGUCACUGAUGAUGGGGAAGGGAGUCACAUCCUGCAGUCUCCUUCGGCUAAUGUUCUGCCAACACUGCCCUUCCACGUGCUGCGUUCCUUGUUCAGCUUGACUCCUCUCACCACGGACGAUGGGCUUCUGUUAAGACGUAUGGCUCUUGAGAUCGGUGCCAUCCACCUCAUUCUGGCCUGCCUGUCCGCCCUCAGCCAUCAUGCACCCAGAGUGCCCAGCGGCAGCGCCAACUCUAGUGAGCCACAGGUCUCCAGCGGACAUGCCGGUGGCACCACAGAAGAGCAGCAGCUAUACUGGGCCAAAGGAACUGGCUUUGGGACGGGCUCCACAGCGUCAGGCUGGGAUGUAGAGCAGGCCCUGACCAAACAGCGUCUAGAGGAGGAGCAUGUGACCUGCCUGUUACAGGUUUUGGCAAGCUACAUUAACCCAUCAGGCUGCAUGGAUUCUGGUGAGACACUCUCGGGAGAGGUCAGAGGUCACAGCAGCUCACUGCUGCCAUCUGUCCUGCAGGAACUUCUCAGCCAGUCCUGUCUUAUCCCUGCCAUGUCCUCAUAUUUACGCAACGAUUCAGUUUUGGACAUGGCACGUCACGUCCCCUUGUAUCGUGCUCUGUUGGAGCUGCUGAGGGCCAUUUCCACCUGCACCAGCCUGGUUCCUUUACUGCUGCCACUUUCAGGAGAUGCUGAUGAGGAAGAGCAGGAUGAAGAACGCACUGAGUGUCAGACCUCUGUUGGCAUGCUCCUGGCCAAGAUGAAGACCUGUGUGGACACCUACACUAACCGCCUCAGGUCAAAGAAAGACAAAAGUAAAGGAGUUAUGAAAACAGAGACAUCCGACCCUGAGCCAGAGGGCCUGACCCUGUUAGUGCCUGACAUUCAGAAGACUGCAGAGAUUGUUUAUGCAGCCACCACCAGCCUACAACAGGCCAACAAUGAGAGGAAGAUGGCAGAGUGCUCAAAGAAGGCAGCAGCAAGGCCCAAACCGCUCUCCAUCUUGCGUUCAAUGGAGGAGAAAUUUACAGCAGCAAUGAAGAAACUACAGUUUGACACUUUUGAGAUGGUAUGCGAGGAAGAGGACUCUAAGCUGGUGUUUAAGGUGAACUACCAUUACCUGUCACAGGUAAAGAAUGCCAGCGACGCCAACAGUGCCGCCCGUGCCCGGCGAUUAGCGCAAGAGGCCGUCACACUCUCCACCUCCCUCCCUCUUUCCUCAUCCUCAAGCGUGUUUGUCCGCUGCGAUGAAGAACGCCUCGACAUCAUGAAGGUAUUGAUAACAGGUCCUGCAGACACACCAUAUGCCAAUGGCUGUUUUGAAUUUGAUGUCUACUUCCCUCAAGAUUACCCAAACUCCCCUCCUCUGGUUAAUCUGGAGACCACCGGUGGCCACAGCGUCCGCUUCAAUCCAAACCUCUACAACGAUGGCAAGGUGUGUUUAAGUAUCCUAAACACCUGGCACGGCCGUCCUGAGGAGAAGUGGAAUCCUCAGACUUCUAGCUUUUUACAGGUGCUGGUGUCAAUCCAGUCCCUUAUCCUGGUGAAUGAGCCAUACUUCAAUGAGCCGGGUUAUGAGCGUUCCCGGGGCACGCCAAGUGGAACGCAAAGCUCCAGAGAGUACGACGGAAACAUCCGACAAGCCACUGUCAAGUGGGCCAUGCUAGAGCAGAUCCGCAACCCUUCACCCUGCUUUAAAGAGGUAAUCCAUAGGCACUUCUAUCUGAAGCGAGCAGAGAUCAUGGCCCAGUGUGAGGGCUGGAUCUGUGAUAUUCAGCAGUACAGCAGUGAUAAGAGAGUGGGCCGAACCAUGUCUCACCACGCAGCUGCACUAAAGAGACACACGGCUCAGCUCAGAGAGGAGCUGCUGAAACUUCCCUGUCCUGAAGGCCUGGAGCCGGAUGGGGAUGAGUUUUCCGAGAAGAGCACCUCGCUCAUGGUCAAAGAGCUGCCCAGUCAGGACACAGAGAAGCAGACUGAGAGCCAAGACGCCCACUGCAGCGACGGCCAGCUAUGAUUACUCUCCCCUGAAGCCCCGCCCACCACUUUAGACUAUCCAUUGAUAUUGAAAAGACUGGAUGGCUUUCAUGAUUAAGCCAUCUUUUUGUCAAUAUUUGUAUGUAAGAAUCUAAUUAUGUUAUAGCAUAAAAUGAGAGGACAGAAAAAACAAGGAAAUGAAACUGCUUACAAACACCCAUCAACACAAGAUGAACCGCUGAACUUUGCUGCGCCCUAAAGAAAACAAAGGUGCCGAUAAAGAUUUUUUUAUUUACCUGUAAAAGAGUAUAAACUUUUUUUUUGUGCUUUUUUUCUUUAUUUUUCCAAAUUGUUAAAUAACCACUGAUUGAUGUUAUUAAACUUGUUUAUGUAAGCAAAAUGAAAGACGAAAUCACAGUAUAUAUAAGGGAACUGGCUUUAGUGGAGAAUGUUUACCAAAUGUUCAUUUCUCUUUUCUUUUCUUUUUUUCCUAUUAUUUGGACUGUUAGUCUAAGGACAGUUGUAAGUAAGAAUAUACUGGUAAUUCUUUAAGCAAAUUAUUUAAAAGAAAACCGUAACGAACACGCCCAUACCCACUCUUGAGUUCCUUCAAUCCUCUGGUGACCCACUGACAGUGCUUUGGUUUCUACAGACUUGUGUACACUUCAGUAAUAAAGCCUGACAUGGACUUUCAGAAGUGCUCUUAUGACUGGGUGCUCUUGUUCAGGCUAAUCAAUAGCACAUUUUAUUUUUGCCCUCUUUCUGCUUUUAAGUGCAAGUUUAAUAAAUGCAGCCUGUUUUACUUA